AUGACGAGAUACGGCCUCAGCCGGCCCGGCAGCGGUACAGGUUCUUGGUUCAACGAGUUUCGGCUCUUUCCGCACACUAGCGAGAGCGAGAACACGAUGCUGCCCCACUCCGUCUUGACGACCGGCACUCCACCACUGUCGCUAGGUGUCGACAGAGUUGGCGGUCUUCUGGAGCCGAAGUCGGCGCUGGUGCCGCCGCAGCUUGUGCAAAUGAACGGACGUGGACCGAGCCUCGAGUCUGCGACAUGGACUCCUCAUGUGGUUGGGCCAGCGAGCUGGUUGUUGGGCCGGCUGAGAGGCCGAGGCUGGUGGCGGAAGCGACGACGUCAAAGCCCCUUCCUACCGCCCAUUGGUCCGCGGACGCAUUGGCUCACGGCGACUUCCGAGGUCGGUGGUCUCCCUCAGAACUUUUAG